GCUAAUUUAGAUUUAGAGCUGCUGAAGCUGGAAAGAGCCAGUGCAGACGUCACUCACACUCAUUACCUCAGUCAAAGGUAUGCUUCCUUGCAACAGUUCACAUCUCACCUUCAGGAAGUGUUUCGAGAACAUACAGUCCUACGAGAGAGACUAACAAAGCCACUUUGUCAGCAGAACCUGCCCAUUCAUGCUGAUCAUCACAGAUAUGUGGUAGAGCUUAUGGGGAUGGUGGUGGAGUUCAUUCAGAACUUGGAAGUGAAAAUUAAGAUGGUUCAAGCAAUUCCAAAAACUGACAGUUCUCUGAGUAAUUUGGUAA